GUGAAUGAAUGAAUGAAAGUAAGUGAAGCCCUCUCUCUCUCUCUCUGUACAUGAUAGUAAGGAAAAAGAAAAGAAAUCAUCCGAUCUGACACACACAGGCACACACGCUCUCUUCCCUUCCUUUUCCUUUCUCCUUCUCAUUACUAUAAACACCCCCCCAGAAAACAAUGGCGGUUGGAAACUGUCUUCACUACCUCAACAACGUAGCAUAAUAAUAACAGAGUCAAACAAUAGUAGUCGCAAAAAGACCAAAGUCAUCGCCGUCACCAAAAAAAUACUAAUUACCCUUUACUGAACAAAAACCCGACCCGGUUCUUCUCACUUUUUUAUUUCUUUCAUUUUUUUAUAAAGAAGUUUUCAAGCACACUGUUUUCUUGUCCCCUCCCUUCAAAAACAUCUUUGGUCGUUUUCUGUUACUAGUUACUACAACAACAACAACAACGUUAACUUCACCUUCUUCCUCUGUAGUCUUUCUACUUCUACUUCACCUUCAUUCUACUCUUUUUUCUUGAGAUCUAGUGUUCUUUGGGAUUCGUUACUCUUUUAGCUGAGAUCUGUUCAGUUUUUGAGGUUAUUUAUUGCUAAAUUUGGUGGUUAAGCAAGAUUAACCGGUUUUACUGGAACGGGUUAAGGUUAAACUUGUUAUAGAAGCUGAAAACGUUGUAUCAUGGUUCAAGAUUGGAACUUGAAUGAAGGGUAGAAGAAAAACGGUUGUGUUCUAUAGUUUGACUGAUUUUGGUUGAACAUUGAAAUCGGUGGGAAUCUUCUUGUAUUGUAGUUGAUUGUUGAAGUAGUUUCAGUAUCUGGGUUUUUGAGUUUUGGUGGGGUGAAGAUAAGAAGAAUGAAAUUGUGGGGUAGGAAAGAAGGGACCAAAAGGAUUUGUUUUUGGUUUGGGGUUCAUCUUGUGGGAAUUUGUGUAUUUGAAAAUCAUUGAUUUUGGGUUUGGUUUUUAACAUUUAAGGUUUGAAAUUGCUGAAAUGAAGCUUUCUUCAGCUGGGUUUAGUCCUCCACCUCAAGAAGGAGAAAAGCGGGUUCUAGAUUCAGAACUUUGGCAUGCUUGUGCUGGUCCUCUUGUUUGUUUGCCAGCUGAUGGAAGCCGUGUGGUUUACUUUCCACAAGGUCACAGUGAACAGGUUGCUGUAUCUACCAACAGGGAAGUUGAUACUUAUAUUCCAAAUCCAAGCUUACCUCCCCAACUUAUUUGUCAACUUCAUAAUCUGACUAUGCAUGCAGAUACGGAGACAGAUGAAGUGUAUGCACAAAUGACCUUGCAACCUCUAAAUCCUGAAGAGCAAAAGGAAGCAUAUCUUCCUGCAGAGUUGGGAACGGCAAAUAAACAGCCAACAAACUACUUUUGCAAAAUUUUGACAGCCAGUGAUACAAGCACUCACGGAGGUUUCUCUGUUCCUCGCCGGGCAGCUGAAAAAGUUUUUCCUCCAUUGGACUUUACACAACAACCUCCUGCUCAAGAGUUGAUUGCAAGGGAUUUGCAUGGUAAUGACUGGAAAUUCAAACAUAUCUUCCGUGGCCAGCCGAAGAGGCAUUUGCUUACAACAGGUUGGAGUGUCUUUGUGAGUGCUAAAAGACUUGUUGCUGGUGAUUCAGUGCUGUUUAUAUGGAAUGAAAAAAAUCAGUUGCUUCUUGGCAUUCGGCGUGCUAGUCGACCACAACAUAUGAUGCCUUCAUCAGUGUUGUCAAGUGAUAGCAUGCACUUGGGGCUGCUUGCUGCUGCAGCUCAUGCAGCUGCAACAAACAGUCGUUUCACCAUUUUCUAUAACCCACGUGCUAGCCCAUCAGAAUUUGUCAUUCCCCUAGCGAAGUAUGUUAAGGCUGUAUAUCAUACUCGAGUUUCAGUUGGUAUGCGCUUCAGAAUGCUUUUUGAAACAGAGGAAUCUAGUGUUCGGCGAUACAUGGGAACAAUAACCGGCAUCAGUGACCUGGAUUCUGUCCGGUGGCCAAAUUCACAUUGGCGCUCAGUGAAGGUUGGCUGGGAUGAGUCCACAGCAGGUGAGAGGCAACCUAGAGUAUCUCUGUGGGAAAUUGAGCCACUAACAACCUUUCCAAUGUAUCCAUCUCCGUUCCCCCUUAGGCUUAAAAGACCAUGGCCUCCAGGACUGCCUUCAUUCCAUGCAGGUUUGAAGGAUGAUGAUUUUGGCAUGAAUUCUCCCCUAUUGUGGCUUCGAGAUGCUGAUAGAGGGCUUCAGACUCUUAAUUUUCAAGGGAUGGGUGUUAAUCCUUGGAUGCAGGCAAGGCUUGAUCCGUCCAUGAUGAAUAUGCAACCAGAUAUGUACCAGGCUAUGGCUGCUGCUGCACUUCAGGAUAUGAGGACCUUAGAUCCUUCUAAACAGCAUCCUGCUUCCUUGCUUCAAUUUCAGCAGCCGCAGAAUUUCUCCAAUGGUAAUGCUGCUUUAAUGCAGAAUCAGAUGUUGCAGCAAUCUCAACCUCAUCAGGCUUUUCCAAAGAAUCAAGAAAGUCAGCAUCCAUCUCAAUCUCAGGCCCAAACACAACAAUUCCAGCAGCUUCUUCAGCAUCAGCACUCAUUCACUAAUCAAAAUUAUCAUAUGCAACAGCAGCAGCAGCAACAGCAGCAGCAACAGCAGCAACAACAGCAGCAACAUCAGCAGCAGCAACAACAACAAUCACAACAGCAACAACAAGUUGUAGAUCAUCAACAGAUGUCAAAUGCCGUCUCCACAAUGUCUCAGUUUGUUUCCGCACCUCCAUCUCAAUCAACCCAGCCCAUGCAAGCCAUUUCUUCAAUUGGCCAUCAACAAAACUUUUCGGACUCAAAUGGGAACCCAGUUUCUCCUUUGCACAAUAUGUUAGGUUCAUUUUCCAAUGACGAAACAUCUCACCUUCUCAACUUUCCUAGACCAAACUCUUGGGUUCCUGUUCAAUCUUCAACUGCACGGCCCUCCAAGCGCGUUGCAGUGGACCCUCUCCUCUCUUCAGGAGCAUCUCAUUAUGUUCUGCCUCAAGUGGAGCAACUAGGGCAGUCACAGACUACCAUGUCUCAAAAUGCUAUUACCUUGCCACCAUUUCCUGGUAGGGAGUGUGCUAUAGAAGGGAACACCGAUCCACAAAACCAUCUUUUGUUUGGUUUUAACAUAGAGCCCUCAUCACAUCUAGUUUACAAUGAGAUGUCUAACCUUAAGAGGGUCAAUAGCAACUGUGACUCAUCAACUGCACCUUUUCAAUCUUCCACCUACUUGAAUACCACAGGUGCUGAUUCUUCACUGAAUCCUGGAUUGACACACGGCGUUGGUGAGUCGGGCUUCAUGCAAACUCCAGAAAAUGGAGGUCAAGGAAACCCACAAAACAAAACCUUUGUGAAGGUUUACAAGUCAGGGUCCUUCGGAAGAUCGUUGGAUAUCACCAAAUUCUCCAACUACCCCGAGCUACGCAGCGAGCUUGCUCGUAUGUUUGGGCUUGAAGGUGAGUUGGAGGACCCUGUAAGAUCAGGCUGGCAGCUUGUAUUUGUUGAUCAAGAGAAUGAUGUUCUUCUCCUCGGUGAUGGUCCAUGGCCGGAAUUUGUAAAUAGUGUAUGGUGCAUCAAGAUACUUUCCCCUCAGGAAGUGCAGCAAAUGGGGACCAAUGGUCUAGAGCUUCUGAACUCAGCUCCAACCCAGAGGCUCUCUAAUGGUAUCUGUGAUGACUACACUGGCCGUGAGGACUCAAGAAAUUUAAGCACCGGGCUAACAACUGUGGGGUCUUUAGACUACUGAAUGUUGUGACAACAAAUACUGUGAAUUUCUUCUCUUGUAUUAUUAUUACUCUUCUCAAACCCUCUGUAAAGGGUGGGAAGCGGUUCCUAGUUGUAGUUUAUAGCUUACUCAGAUAUAAGCCUUUCUUUUUCCAGUUUUUACCGCCUAAAACAAUUAUUGAGCUAAACACUUAGCUAUAUGGCAUCUUCUCAUUGUAGUUUGUACACUAUAUUGGUAACCUUUUGGAACUCUAUGUUUGAAGUUACCUCUAUUUCUACCUGUCAGUGGCUAAAUCAUUGAGGGCAUGUAUUACAUUACAAGAACUCAUGUUGGAUUUUUACUCCCUUUUGUGUAGAACUCAACUUAAGUUCUUAACGUACUUUCAGCUGAUCUCAUGAUUGAACUC